AUGAGAGAUGCCAAGCUUUUACGCAACAAACGGAAGUAUGAAAUUCAGAAGGAGUCGCACAAGAACGCCAAGAUUGAAGUGGCUAAGAAAUCCGGUUGUUACAAGCCGGGAAUGAAUAUGGAUUUGGUUACGGUGGCCCAGCUCAGGGAAGGUGCCGUUCCUGCCGCUGCUCUUCCCACAAACGACAACACUCAAGCCAAUGGCAAUGACAACGGUGAUGGCAAGCCCAAAGCUAAGAAACGGAGGAUCAACUACGGCAAGAUGUGGUGUCCCUACUGCGGAAAGAAAGGGCAUGUUUCCAAGGCUAGCAAGAAGUGCAUUGCUGACUUGGCAUCCCCUCAAAAGUACAACAAAGCUGAUGGCUCUGAAUUGGUUGUUGUCACUCCUGGAGGAGUUUCAGCAAGCACCCCCAUUGCUGCUGCUACACCACCACCUUCUAGUGCUACAAAUAGUGAUGCGGUGGAGGUUGGAUUGUGGGACCAGUUGCCCUUGGAAAGUGCCAAUUCAGAUGAGGAGGAAGUCACUAACAACGCUAUCUAG